AUGUCGAAACUCGAGAUUUCACUGGAAUAUGCAAGCCUACGAUUGCCCGGCCAUUGUCCUCUGGGCGUCUGGGUCAUCCCCUCUCCGGAUGAUAUCCACCACUGGUGUGGUACAUUGUUUAUACACAGAGGAUACUAUGCGGGAGGAAUUUACAAAUUUACGAUCGAUUUCUCACGAAACUAUCCGUUUGACCGUCAGACGCCUCAGAUCAAUUUCCAGACGGAUUGUUUUCAUCCCUUGAUCGAUCAAGCCAACCACGGUCUCUUCAACCUCGCCCUAAAAUUUCCCGAAUGGCUACCCCACGAGAAUUUCAUCUGCAAUUUGCUCUAUUACCUGAAGUCUUGUUUCAAGAGGCCUGGCUUGGAGUCCAUUAUCGCAUCUGGUGACGAUUCGAUAGCCUUCAAUAAGCAUGCCUUCAGAUUAUAUCGAGAUCAAACCGAUGUCUUUGCGACCCUUGCAGCACAGUCAUCAAGUCUCUCAAGUUCUCCGACAAGUCUGUACGACCAAACUUCGAGCUCUCUACAGCAAUCAAUCCCUGCUUCCUCCCCGAGCGAAGAUUCAAAGAAACUUAGCUCGAAAGACAACGGAGAGUCGAGAUCAAGCCCAGCUAACAAAUCCAAACAUCUCAUCAAAUUCAAUCCACUCGAUGACGACCAAUUCAAACAAUUAAAACAAAAGAUUUUCCUGGAGUUUUAA